AAAAAAAGAUAAUAGAAAUAAAACAAAACACAGAAGGUUCACAGAGAGCGUCUUCAGUGUUAGGUGCGUCGCAAGGUAGCGGCGGUGACGGAGACCAAUCUGAACAAUUUCCGAUUACUGCAUUGGUCAGAGGACAAGGGUUUUGUUCUACUUAACUUGCUGACUUGAUGGCGUCAAAGUUGCAGCAGUUGCAGUCCAAAGCAUGUCAAGCGUCCCAAUUUGUAUCCAAACAUGGAGGUGUUUACUACAAGCAGUUGUUGGAGCAGAACAAGCAAUACAUUCAGGAGCCUCCUACAGUAGAGAAAUGCAACUUACUGGCAAAGCAAUUGUUUUACACUCGUCUUGCUAGUAUUCCAGGUCGAUGUGAGUCCUUCUGGAAGGAACUUGAUUAUGCCAAGCAUUUAUGGAAGAACAGGAAAGAAUUAAAGGUUGAAGAUGUAGGUAUUGGUGCUUUGUUUGGCCUGGAGUGCUUUGCAUGGUUUUGCGCCGGUGAAAUUGUUGGAAGGGGUUUUACUUUCACUGGUUACUAUGUCUGACUAUAAACCACUUGAACGUGUAGAUUUUAGCAGGGCUAUAUACUUCUAAAGCCAGCUGCUCUCUGGUCAUUUAUACAUUUUGUGGAUUAUGGCAUUCUGCAAGGCAAUUUGUGUUCUGAAUUUUUUUUUUCCAUUUUGGGAUAAAGGUUGAGAAACUAGCGGUUAGCUUUGAUAAGCUUCAAUAACCCCUUGUAUUUGAGGCGGGCGUGGACCUUGCGUUGUUCUCUUAUCAUGUUGGAAAGCUAGUGAUGAUACUCGACAAUGAUGAUGCAGGACCCUGCAAUUUUUGAAUAUUUUUUUU